CGGCGGCUGGAGCGCUGGAACGGCGGCGCCUGGAGCGGGAUGGGACGGAGCGCGGCGUCAGAAAAAGCCACCUGAGUGUGCCAGGAAGUCAGAGAACAGCUGUCUUCUCAAAGGCAUAAACAGUACGGAUAUUCCACGCUCCUUUUUAAAUGAUUGUGAGCCAUGCCUUUGGUGAAAAGGAACAUUGAACCACGGCAUCUCUGCCGAGGAGCUCUGCCAGAGGGAAUUACAAGUGAACUGGAAUGUGUAACAAAUAGCACCCUUGCUGCUAUCAUACGCCAGCUAAGCAGCUUAAGCAAACAUGCUGAAGACAUAUUUGGUGAAUUGUUUAAUGAGGCCAACAGCUUCUACAUCAGAGCAAAUUCCCUCCAAGACAGAAUUGAUCGCCUUGCUGUCAAAGUCACCCAGCUGGAUUCAACAGUGGAAGAGGUAUCCUUACAGGACAUCAACAUGAAAAAAGCAUUCAAGAGCUCAACAGUUCAAGACCAGCAGGUAGUUUCAAAGAACAGCAUUCCUAACCCAGUGGCUGAUAUUUAUAAUCAAAGUGACAAACCACCACCUCUGAAUAUUCUUUCACCUUAUAGGGAUGAUAAGAAAGAUGGAUUGAAGUUCUAUACCGAUCCUUCCUAUUUUUUUGAUCUUUGGAAAGAAAAAAUGUUACAGGAUACUGAAGAUAAGCGAAAAGAAAAGAGGAGACAAAAGGAGCAAAAGCGUAUAGAUGGCACCACCCGUGAGGUGAAAAAGGUUAGAAAAGCCAGGAACAGACGCCAGGAGUGGAAUAUGAUGGCAUAUGACAAAGAGCUUAGACCUGACAACAGGUUGUCUCAAAGUGUGUACCAUGGAGCAUCUUCCGAGGGAUCACUGUCCCCAGAUACUAGGUCCCAUGCAUCCGAUGUUACAGAUUAUUCUUAUCCUGCUACUCCGAAUCAUUCCCUCCAUCAGCAGAUAGCAAUGCCUUCCUAUGGAGCAGGAGAUGGUCCACAGUACAUGGCAGCAUCCCAAAGCCACGAGCACGAGUACAGACCGCCCUCCACCACGGUACGACAUGCCACUUUAAACAGACCUCAGCAACCACCUCCACCUCCACCCCAGCCUUCAGAUGGCCAGCACAGCUCAGUACCUGUGGUACCAGCAGAAUAUGGGAUGCUCCCAGCUCAGAUGGUGGAUUAUUACAACCCCACAGGUCCGCCCCCACCUCCUCCCCCUCCUAUGAUUCCUUCAGCACAAACUGCAUUUGUUAGUCCUCUUCAGCUUCCUGUGCCACCUUCCCAUUCCGGACUGGUGACUGGCUCUACAUAUGCAGCUGCUCAUCCUCCUCCUGCUGGUGGGCUUGUUGUCACUGCUCCUCCUCCUCCCGGCCCACCUCCUCCCCCUCCAGGCCCUCCUGCUGCAGGUGCAUCCCUCUCUUCCUCCCCCAUGCACGCCCCUCCGGCGUCGGAGGCGAAGCAGGCCCCGAUGAGCGAUGCGCGGAGCGAUCUGCUGGCUGCCAUCAGGAUGGGAAUUCAGCUGAAGAAGGUGCAGGAGCAGCGAGAGCAGGAGGCGAAGCGCGAGCCCGUUGGCAACGACGUGGCCACCAUCCUGUCGCGGCGCAUCGCCGUGGAGUACAGCGACUCCGACGACGACUCCGAGUUUGACGAGAACGACUGGUCAGACUGAACGUGGCCCAGGCCUGCUGGCAACUGCAUUAAAUACUUGGCUUCAGUGAUUGCUUUCUUAGCAAGGUGUAAAGCAGGACGUUGACAUGUAUUAAGGCUAGUGAGGGAAGUGCUGAAAUUGAAUUGGUAUUAUUCAGAAUGCUGUAGCUUAGCAACUCUGGUAAUAAUGAUGUGAUUAUGCUUAUGCAGAUCAGAAACUUGUCUUACUUUCAGUAUUUACAGCAUAAUACUUAAGUGCCACUAAAUGUAGCAACUCUUGUGCUGCGUGCAAAAUAUGAUGCAGUUGUUGCACUGUUACAGAACCAGCAUUUUAUUUUACUUUCCUGUUCUUGAAGGGAUAAAAUAUAUUUUUUUGACUUUACAUCUUAUUCUUUUAAUUAUGUAAGCAACUUAGAUACUUGUGAAUUGGUCUGGUUGUUAGUCUUUGAGGGCAGCUAACUGUAUGGCUGAGUGAAGUGUUGAGUUCCAUAAAUGUGACUUUUAGCUUUUUUAUUAGGUACUAAUUAUGCCCACCUUAGUCUAUUUUUAACCACUUCUGGGCUUAAGUUUUUAUGCAUACAGAAUUGAUUUUGUACUAUCUUCCUUUUUAUCUUAAAAAUGUAGCAGAUGUUGAAAUGUAUACUUUGAAGAAUGACCCCACAUGAUCCAAAAAGAACAUUUGGCGAGCAGACAGAUAUGUCUGUAACCGUACCAGCUCUAAGUUGCUGGCUGCUUG